GCAUUCCUGAUCUUGAUGUACAGGAACGUUUUAUCAGUGUCAGCGCAUGGAGUGUCCACACUGGUUAGAUGCAGCUCCAGACUUGUAAAGGCAGGCACCUGCUUUUCUUUCACACUGGAAGAUGUCAGAGCCCUUCUUUGUCCAGGAUUUCUGGAGUGUAGGGAAGAAAAGGCUUCUCUUUUACAUCGCACUCAGGAAGAAAGACGGAAGAGAGAGGAAGAAAGGCGAAGAUUGAAAAAUGCAAUAAUAAUCCAGUCAUUUAUUCGAGGCUAUAGAGACAGAAAACAACAAUAUUCCAUCCAAAGAAGUGCAUUUGACCGAUGUGCUGACUCAGCUCAGCCUGGUGGCACCUUCUGCCUUGCCGAUGGUCCCAACCUUACCCUCUUAGUAAGGCAGCUUCUCUUCUUUUACAAACAGAGUGAAGACUCCAAACGUUUGAUAUGGCUAUAUCAGAACUUAAUUAAGCACAGCUCUCUGUUUGUAAAGCAAUUGGAUGGAUCAGAGAGACUGACAUGCUUAUUUCAAAUAAAGAGGUUGAUGAGUCUUUGUUGCAGGUUGCUGCAAAACUGUACUGAUGACAGUUUGAAUGUUGCACUUCCAAUGCGAAUGCUUGAGGUGUUUUCAUCUGAGAAUACAUACUUGCCUGUUUUACAAGAUUCUAGCUAUGUGGUGUCAGUGAUUGAACAAAUUUUGCACUACAUGGUUCACAAUGGGUAUUAUAGAUCUCUCUACUUGUUGAUUAAUAGCAAACUUCCAUCAAGUAUUGAAUAUUCCGAUUUAUCGCGAGUUCCUAUAGCAAAAAUUUUGCUGGAGAAUAUCCUAAAACCAUUGCACUUUACAUACAGCUCCUGUCCUGAAGGUGCAAGACAUCAGGUUUUCUCAGCCUUCACAGAGGAGUUUCUGGCAGCACCUUUUACUGAGCAAAUUUUUCAUUUCGUCAUUCCGGCGUUAGCAGAUGCACAAACUGUCUUCCCUUAUGAGCCCUUUCUGAAUGCAUUAUUGUUACUAGAGAGUCGAAAUUCAAAACGGAGUAGUGGAGUGCCAUGGCUCUUCUAUUUUGUUUUAACUGUUGGCGAGAACUAUUUGGGAGCACUGUCUGAGGAAGGCCUGCUGAUUUAUCUACGAGUGCUCCAGACCUUCCUCUCUCAGCUACCUGCUUCACCCACUGGUACAGGCUGCCCUGAUUCCACCAGUGACUCUGAGGAUGAUAAUGAGGAGACUGACCAACCUACCAGCCCUGAGGAUGGUAGGGUCUCAGCCCCAUACAUAACCGAAGAAUGUCUGAGAAAGCUGGAUACGAAGCAGCAGACCAACACCCUGUUGAACCUGGUGUGGAGGGACUCAGCCAGUGAGGAGGUCUUCACGAGGAUGGCUUCCAUCUGCCACACACUGAUGGUGCAGCACCGUAUGAUGGUGCCCAAAGUCAGGCUUCUCUACAGUUUAGCCUUUAAUGCCAGAUUUUUGCGGCAUCUUUGGUUUCUCAUCUCUUCAAUGACAACGCAGAUGAUCACAGGGUAUGUGCUGCGUGCAGGCUACAGAUUCAGCCUGAGGGCAUGGUCUAUGGUGCCAUUGCUUCAGGUGAUAUCAAGGGGUUCACCCAUGUCUUUUGAAGACUCUAGUCGAAUUAUCCCACUCUUUUACCUCUUCAGCUCCUUGUUCAGUCAUUCGCUGAUUUCCAUACAUGACAAUGAAUUUUUUGGUGAUCCCAUAGAAGUUGUAGGUCAGAGACAAUCAUCCAUGAUGCCUUUCACUCUGGAGGAGCUAAUCCUGCUGUCCCGCUGCCUUCGGGAUGCCUGCUUGGGGAUCAUCAAGCUAGCAUAUCCGGAAACAAAGCCAGAAGUUCGGGAAGAAUAUGUCACUGCAUUUCAGAGUAUUGGGGUCACUACUAAUUCUGAGAUGCAACAGUGCAUACAAAUGGAGCAGAAGCGAUGGGUUCAGUUGUUCAAGGUCAUCACCAACCUAGUGAAAAUGCUGAAGUCUAGAGACACAAGGAGAAAUUUCUGUCCUCCAAACCACUGGCUGUCAGAACAAGAGGAUAUCAAAGCAGAUAAAGUCACCCAGCUCUAUGUACCUGCAUCUAGACAUGUGUGGCGGUUCCGGAGGAUGGGCAGGAUUGGCCCACUGCAGUCCACCCUGGAGGUGGGUCUGGAGUCCCCACCCUUGUCUGUGUCUGAGGAACGACAGCUUGCCAUUCUGACAGAACUGCCUUUUGUGGUUCCAUUUGAGGAGCGAGUGAAGAUCUUUCAAAGGUUGAUUUAUGCAGAUAAGCAAGAAGUUCAAGGAGAUGGUCCAUUUCUGGAUGGGAUCAAUGUCACAAUAAGAAGAAAUUAUAUUUAUGAAGAUGCUUAUGACAAACUUUCUCCAGAAAAUGAACCGGAUUUGAAAAAACGGAUUCGUGUGCACUUGCUUAAUGCCCAUGGCCUGGAUGAAGCUGGCAUCGAUGGUGGUGGUAUUUUCAGAGAGUUUUUAAAUGAACUACUGAAAUCCGGAUUUAACCCCAACCAGGGGUUCUUUAAAACUACUAAUGAAGGGCUUCUAUACCCCAACCCAGCUGCUCAGAUGCUUGUGGGAGAUUCUUUUGCAAGGCAUUACUAUUUCCUUGGCAGAAUGCUUGGAAAGGCUCUGUAUGAAAACAUGCUGGUGGAGCUACCAUUUGCUGGGUUUUUCCUGUCUAAGCUACUGGGAACCAGUGCAGAUGUGGACAUUCACCACCUGGCCUCAUUGGACCCCGAAGUCUACAAGAACCUGCUUUUCCUCAAGAGCUACGAGGAGGAUGUGGAAGAGCUGGGACUGAACUUUACUGUUGUGAACAAUGACCUGGGGGAAGCACAGGUGGUUGAACUAAAAUUUGGUGGGAAAGAUAUCCCAGUAACUGGGGCCAACCGCAUUGCCUACAUCCACCUGGUGGCUGACUACCGGCUGAACAAGCAGAUUCGACCACAUUGCCUAGCUUUCCGUCAGGGCCUGGCUAACGUUGUGAGCCUAGAGUGGCUCCGAAUGUUUGACCAGCAGGAAAUUCAGGUAUUAAUUUCUGGUGCACAAGUUCCCGUAAGUCUGGAGGACCUAAAAUCCUUUACAAACUAUUCAGGGGGCUAUUCUGCUGAUCAUCCUGUCAUUAAAAUCUUUUGGAGAGUUGUAGAAGGUUUCACUGAUGAAGAAAAACGCAAGUUACUCAAGUUUGUAACAAGUUGCUCUCGCCCGCCUCUCCUGGGGUUUAAGGAGCUGUACCCUGCAUUCUGCAUUCACAAUGGAGGCUCGGACCUUGAGCGGCUACCUACAGCCAGCACCUGCAUGAACCUGCUGAAGCUCCCAGAAUUUUAUGAUGAAGCCCUGCUGCGAAGCAAGCUGCUUUAUGCCAUUGAGUGUGCUGCUGGCUUUGAGUUGAGCUGAGUUGAGCCCAGGGAACUUGAUCUGACCCAGAGGCAACCAGCACCUACCAGACCCCCCCACCCCACCCCACCCCCCAGAGCACUCAGGCGGGACCCGCGGCUCUCCUCAUGCCUUCUUUCUUCUUUCUUCCCUCUCUGGUUUUUUUUUUGUUUUUGUUUUUGUUUUUUUAAGAUAAUUUUAUUGAGGCAGUCACUUACAUAGAUGGACGUUGCUUUUCACCUAACUUAACCAUUGUUAUGUGCCAUGUGGCUGGUUUAGUAAGUUUGCCAAGAAGAGCACAGGUUUUUUAGACUAGUGGCAAUUCAGUGAAAUUAACCAAAGAUGAAGCUUUGGCCUUGCUGACCCAGUUCAUAUCCCCUUUGGGUCAGGCACCUGUAUCUGCAGACGGAAUCUGGGGCUGAUACGCAAAGUCCCAAGCCACUGCUUCUCAUGUGGUUGAUUGUUUACAAGCCUAAUUAUAAGAACUGAAGGCAUUUUUCCUGCUGCCUUUUCCCAAAGUGAUUAGGUUUGGAAAAUGGAUAACGCUAGUAUUAUUUUAUUUGUGCUUUUUAAGCCAUGUCCCCCAGGUGGGACUCGCAUGCUUAUCUUCAGACUCCUACUGACCUGCAUCAUGAGGUUUGGACGUGGCUGUGUGAGUGUGAGGUGGCUGCUGCCCUCAUUGCUCUUUUCCUAUCUCUGCUUUGUACCUGGAGAGUUUUCCAGGGAGGUGAAGGAGGAGGGUCCCUGCACUUCCUGAGGUACUUUGUCACCUGCAGUGAGCUGGCGACUGGGGGAUGUGAGCACUGCAGCUUUUAUUAAAGUCAUUUGAACCAAAGUGGCGGGCUGCGUCUCUCCGUGAUCCACGCGCCCUCCUGGCCCGACAGUACUACCCAUCUUCUUGGGUAUUUUGGGGGGAUUUGCCAGGCCUUAGCACCUCUGCUUCCCGCUGCUGUUUUGAUAAGAAGGCAGUGACCCUGGAGUGUGUCAGGGAAGAGCAUCAGGCCAGGUGAUUCUUACUCAGGCACUUUAUCCGGGUCCAACUUGUCUCCAGGUGACCACAACCUCUGCAAACAGGAAGCAGGGAAGCAUCUAAGGAAGUCUGCAUGCAAGGACCAACAUGGAGCUGGUGAGGACUCCAACCCCGCAUCUCUGCCAAGUCUAGCAUCUUUGUGCUGUUGGGUUAGGUGGCCAGAAUUAGCAAUAUACUUUUAAAUGUGGGAAAACUGAAUGACACUUUUAAGACAAUAACCAUUAUCAGACAAAAUGUAUAAUUUCUUAAUUUGAAUAAUAAAGUGUUUAAAUGCUA